UUUACCAUAUUUAUUGUAGACUGUUUGGAUGCAGAGGACAAAACAUCAGACAUUGGUGUAGGGAACUCAUUCAGUGUCCUGCAGCUGUCAAAGGCCCCAGAUCUCCUAAACAGGUUUCACUCUGAAGAAUGGAAAACGACACAUCACUGGAUAUGAGACAUGAUAACAACAGCACCUCCAAUGACUUUGACUUAGAAAUAUUAUUCAUCAUCAUAGAUGUUGUGACAUGCAUAAUGGUCUGUAUCGGACUUCCUUUGACCCUGGUGGCCAUCUAUGCUCUUUAUUCUCUGGUGCGAAAGGAUCAUGUUGCUCCGAUCUACGUCAUCAACCUUCUCAUUUCUGACCUCAUUCAGCUCUGCUGCAUGAUCGAUUGGGUGGCACGACGUGCGGACCCGAACAUACAUCAAAUGGUCUAUUGUACCUACGACUCUGGUCUGUUUGCCAGUGUUUGCUUCAUGGUGUGCAUCGCCCUGGAAAGGUAUUUGGUCAUCGCCUGCCCACUGUGGUACCGCUUCAGACGAACCAUCAAGAUCUCCGUUGUGGUCUGUGUCCUGGUCUGGGUUUUUACUCUUAUAUUUUUCUUGACUGCUUUAUUUUGGCAUGUUCCAGCUUUUUUAAUCACUUGGUUCAUAUGUUCGCUCCUUCCCUUCCCACUGCUCAUAUUCUUUCUGGUUGGGACCCUUAAAGCCCUGUCUGCUUCCAUCUCAGUUCACGCUGACGAAAAACGACGAAUUGUGGCAAUGUUGGUCCUGGUGCUGCUUAUGUACACGCUGCUGUUUCUGCCCAGAAUUAUCCUGCUUCUGAAAAAACAUGACAUAAAUGACACCCCCCUCUACAUCCUGUCUGAUGUGUUUCUUAUGUUUAGUCCUCUGGCAGACUUAGUUCUGUAUGGUUUCAUGAGGAAAGGGGCCAUAGACAAGCUUUUGGCCUCUGUGUGUUGUUGCAGAAUGGACAGCAAUGAUGUCAGCAGUUCAAUAAGUAUGAAUGAUGGCAACAUGUCCACAGUCAGCUUCAUGUAG